AAAUUACAGUGCCUUCUAUAAAAUAAACAACGUCGCUAUCACCACCACCAAAAACCCCACUCAACAACAGCAACAGCAAUAAAAACAGCAACAAAAAGCAGCAACAGAAGCAGCAGCAGGAGCAGCAUCAGCCCAGAAAUUUCGUUAAGCAAAACACGCAGCACCUUUAGUAUGAAAUGAGGCGGCCAGACAAACGCAUCGACAACGAAGAUCGAACACGUAUACGGCUAAGGAUUGGAAUACGACGGUUACGGGAAGCAUGAACAGCAACAGCCUGCAGCAAUGGUGGGAGCACACGUACCGCCGGCAUCAUCUCGAGCCGAACAACGACCUCGACACCACGGAGUUGCACUACGCGCUCCUCGAGCAUAACCAGCUAGGUGGCAGCACUGGAACCCUGCCCACGGACCUGGAGGGCUCGGCGACGGACUUUGAUUACGGCAACUUUAGCCUGAUCAAUCCGUAUGACCUUGACGCUGCUGGCGGCGAUUCGGAGAAUGCCAUAUCCUCGCUGACGCUCCUCCUUCUGGCCGUCAGCUAUGGUCUCGUGGUCUUUGGCGGCGUCGUUGGCAACUCCACCCUGGUGCUCACCCUUUGCUCGGCCUCCUCGGUUCGACUGCGGAAUCCCCUACUGCUGGCCGUGUGCAUUGCCGAUCUGCUGGUCACGGGCAUUUCGGCGCCCGUUACGCUCUUGAAUCUGGCCAUGAACCGCAGGACGAGAUCGCUGCCGCUGGUGCUCUGCAAGGUCAUACAUUACAUCCAGGUCAUGCCCGUGGCGGCCAGCACCAUCUCCUUUUUCAUGCUCUCCCUGGACCGCUAUGCCACCGUUAAGCAUCCUCGUUUGGCCCAGCUGCGGCAGCGUCGAUAUCUGCACGUCUCCCUGGCCUUGAUCUCUUGGCUGGCCUCGGCGGCCAUCAGUACGCCGUUCCUGUUCGCCUACAAGAUCAUAGCCAAGUCGGUGAUCAUCAAGGGAGUUGGUAGCACGAACGCCAGCACUACACCGAAUCCCGUUAGCAUCAGCUGCACCUCUGAUCUGGGGGCCAAUGCCAUGUUCAUGUCGUUCAUCAUCUUCCACACGAUAGCCGUGUUCGUGCUGCCCGGGGUGGGGGUGCUGCUCAAUCACUACGGGGUGCGGCGCAAGCUCUGCGCCCUGUCGCUGACGGCUCGAGCGGCCCACGGGGAGCUGCCCCUGCCCAUGCCCAUCCUGCGACGACAGACGCACAUGGUGAUUGUGACGGGCUGCGCCAAUGCCCAGCAGGCGGCCUGUGGAGGCCCCACCACCGUGGACGAUACCUCGAAUGGGAAUGGCACUGGCGGCGGUGGGCAAAUGGCCGUGAGUCCCGGGGACAUACAAAUGCACACGUUACAGCCUCGCCUGCCGGGAUCUGGUUCGGCCCUUGAGCCGGGCUCCUUUCGUUCCAGCAACCCCAUAUCGCCCAGGGCCAUGAGGGAGAUACGGGCCCACUCGCAGCGCCAGCGGAUACAUCGGGCUGGGAGGGGUCCGGCCACGCCUGGCAUACCGCUGCCACAGACCUCGACGCUGAGGUCACGCCGUCACUUGGCCAACAUGCUGAUCGCCUCCGCCUUAAUCUUCAUCGUUUGCUGGGCCCCGCAUGUCUUUUGCAUAUUCUAUAAGAAUUUCGGCUACAAGCAAUACUGCAGCAAAUCCUCUGUCUACUUCAGUCUGUUGUUGGGGUAUUUCUAUUCGGCCAUCAGUCCGGUCAUCUAUUGGGCGCUCAAUCACAAUUCGCUUCGACAAUCGCCCUGUGCGCCCAUCAUACGGCUGCGCUCCAUGCAAAAUUUCCUGAGAUCGCGCUUCCGGACGCACACGGUGCCCCCACCGCCAUCGUCCACCAAUGAGGCGGCCCUGGGUGCAUUCAAUCCGAAACUGAUCAAGCUGACACCGAAACAGUAUAGAGCUCAGGCUUCUUCGCAUUAUCUCUACUAGUGUGAUACUAAACUAA